GCCGGGCGCGCACGCGCGCUCGCUCCCGUCGUCUUGGUCAGUCGGCCCAGCGCGGCGUUGGGCGACUAACCGCUCUCUCGGAGUCGUUCCGCGGCAUCCCCGAGGUAGCCUCUCAGGCACUCCCUCCAGGUCUGUUGCGCGUAGGAGCUCCUAAGUGCCGCCUCGCACACUGCGCCCGUCUCUUGCGGGGAAUCCGGCCGCAGGUUUUUAAGCAACAGUUCUAAAGAGAACCAGGGGAAAAUUGAGGUGAUGUCUUCCUCCAGACUCAUUCCCCUGUGGAAGGAUUUUAAAUGCCUUGUAAAUGACACCAUAGAGAAAAGCAAGAAACCUUCAAAUGACCCAAAGAAUGACAUAGUUGUGCUGAGUGACCGGUCCCAGAUACUGUUCAAAGAAUCUCGCUAUCCUCAAAAUAUGCCGUUCAUAAGCCACUAUGCUGUAGUAUGGAUGAAGAGCAAAACUGAGGACAUGGUUGAGAAAAGAACAUUCUCCAUGACUGAACGACUGCCACCUAUUCAGGCCAUGGUCCACACAGGUUCCUUUCAUAUCCUCGUGGCCUACUGUGGUGACCUGCUCCUGCGGCUCUUUGGAGACCACUUUCGGGCAUUUAAGCCUCUAGGCAUAGUACCCUGCCGCUUCAACAUCAGUUGCCUCUGCUAUGACCCAGAAAUGAAGAUGCUUCUGUCUGGUAUCAUGGGGGCAGUGAUCACCUGGCUCAUUGAGCGAAGUGGCAAGGGCCUCCAAAUACUCUACAUGGUUUCCAUGCCUAAUGAUGAGCUUGUCCAGGACAUCGUGCUGAAUGGACCCAAUGGCUCCCUCAUAGCUCUCUGUGAGACGGUGGUAAGAGUCCUUGAACGCCAGGGCCAGGGUAAGCUGGCGGAGGUAAAGAAGUUCACUUCCACCACCAGGGGCUCCUCUAUCACCUGCUGCUGCACCUGUUUUGAUCAGGGCCUUCUCUAUGCUGGACACAAGGCUGGGGAAAUACAAGUUUGGAACCUCAACUGGGGCCAGUCCCUCCACAGUUUCAAGGCCCAUACCUUAUCUGUGAUAUGUAUCCACAGCCGGCCAGAGGCCCACACCCUGCUAACAGCUGGCAAGGAAGGCUUAAUCAAAGAGUGGAACCUUACUUCUGGGAACCUGCUGCGGCGGCUAGAACUGGGUGAAGAGCUGCAUAGACUCCAGUUCAUUGAUAGCACAACUUUCUUCUGCCAAACUAACCAUAGUUUUUCCUUGCGCUGCCUGCCCUGUUUCUAUAGCCUCUUCAACGUCUGUGGUUCUGCUCCACAGCAGGUGCGUCGGGUCCGCUGUGGAGAUAACUGGUUCCGGAUCCUGUGCGCUACUGAGGAUGGCUUGUUACACUUUGUGUCCCCAGUAACAGGGAAUCUUCUGGUUAUCACCUGGCCCUUCUCAAUUCUGGACCAAGCUGUGGACUGGGCUUAUGACCCAGGUAAAGAGGAGCUCUUUGUGGCAACAGGCGGCUCAGAGGUGCUGGUAUUUGACACAACUCGCUGCCCUUGCCCAGCCAAGUAUCUCCUAAGCACCUCACCAGAUUCUAAAGACUUUGUACAAUGCCUGGCUUAUGGACAUUUCCACCUGGGGCGGGGGCUAGAAGGACUGAUAUUCUCUGGGCACCAGAGUGGUGUGAUAAGAGUACUUUCCCAGCACAGCUGUGCCCGAAUAGAGAAAUUCAUGCAUUUUGGGGCUGUAUUAGCACUCUCUACAAUGUCUGGAGGGAUUCUGGGUGGCCGAGAAAACUCUUUGCUCUGUUCCUAUGGCAUGGAUGACUACGUACACCUGUCAGAAGCUGUGCUUGAUGGGAUCAAAGUACAACUGAGGCCACUGGCUAGCAUUCUCAGCAGCUGUCACCUUAAGCACCUUAUCCUCUUGCCCAAAUCUGUGGGUGCCAUCACAGAGACUAACUGCCUGCGUCUCUGGAAGUUCCAUGAUUUUCUGUCCUCCGGGUUGCAGGAAGGCUCGAAGUUCAUAGAGACAUUGCCUCUGCACCAAUGUGCCAUUAUGUCCUUUGAUGUCUGCCUACCUUUGAGUCUUUUUGUCACAGGUGGCAUUGAUGGCUCUGUCCGGAUCUGGGACUUCCAUGGUAGACUGAUAGCCAUGUUGGACUCAUCACUGCACUUUGGCCCCCUCUGCUUUGCAAAUGACCGAGGCGACCUGCUUGUGACUUUCAACCAGAGUCUUUAUCUGGUAUCCUGUUUAAAACUGCUUCCCCCAAACAUUCUGUCUUGCUUUUCCCUUAUGAGUAUAACAGAUGAAGUAGUAGAAGCCCCUAAAUCUUUCAUACCAAGCUUCUUCUUCUCCUUUGAGACCAUGUUUGUGCCCAAAUAUGUCUACCUUGGACAAGGGCAACAGGAAUUAGCGGGUCUGGAGAGCCUUAUCAAUAAGCGAGCCAUUGCCUUUGACCAUUCUGUGCCACAUGUCAUAGAAGAAGAUGAGGCAGGGAGCCCUGUGCUACUGCGUACCCCCAGACGUGAUUCUUUAGAAGGGGUAGAAGCUGACUGGAUGCAGACGAGCAAACCUCAGCAACCUCAUUAUGUAGUUCCUCCCCAUCUACAGCUGACUAGCUGGGAUGGACUCAAUCCCUAUCAGAUAUUGCGAUGCUACUUUGGUCAUGGGCGGGAAUGGCUUCUUGCCCCUGAUUGCUACAUCCCCAACUCAGUUAUUCGUGCCCGUCUUUGGCCAGAAGGCAGCCCAAUAUUCCUACAGUGUAGCCUGCACUCGCCCCAGCGGGAACUGGAAUGGGACAGGUCUCAACAAUUCUUCUGGCAUAGCAGGGCAAGAGCUAUAAGUGAUAUUGCAGAAUAUUCCGAGGAGAAGGAAGAUGAAGACUUCCUAGGAAUGAGACUGUCUAAGGACACAACCUAUAGUGUCCUUACAGACACAGGAAACCGCAGCUGGCUGGGAAGAAAGAUGAGUGAAAUUGCUGUUAAUAGCCUGAUUGAGACAAUCCUCAGUGUCAUGAUCCAUGCUUCCCCACUGAAGUACCAAUGCUGUGUUGGCGCACUUAGGCAAAUAUUUGCCUCUUAUCAGGUGUCUCCUUCCCUGCGCUCUGAGACAGCCCAUCGUUUGUUGGAUGAUACGACUAAUUCCAACCCACAGAUUCGAGAACUGGCCUGGGAAGGGCUAAAGUGUCUAGGAAUGAUUACUCAUCUCUUUGCCUUGCCUCUGGCCCAAGGAUUAAUGGACAAGGACCAAAGAGUGAGGAGUAAGGCCCUGAGCCUAAUGGCUGAGAUUGGGAUCCACUCUAAGGCCUCACUCUUAGAGCUAAUCCAGAAUAAAGACACUUACCGAGAGAUGCAGCAAGAGAUGAUAGGGGAGGAAUCCUUGGACCAUCUGCUGGGGAUGCGGCCCACAGAUCUCCAAAUCCUUCAGGCUCAAGUGGAGCAGCGAUUGAAUGAAAACCUGACCUUGUCAGGAGAUAAAAGGCCUGAUUUUUCUUUAGAUGUUUCCAGGACUUCUGAAACUAUAUACUUGCCUACACAACUUCCCACAAUUGCUGAAGAACCUGGAAUGGCCAUGAAGCCCAGCAAGGCCCAAAGACGGGGCCGAGCAAUGGGCAAAAAACAGACUCGAAAACUGUUGAGGGGUCUCAAGAAGAUGAAAGAGGUAGACUUAAAACCGAUGACCACAGAGCCCUCAGAAAAAGAGGUUGAAAGUGAGCAGAGUGAAGCUACACUAUUUGAGAGCCUAGAAGAUAUCAUCAUUCGUUCUGGAAGGACUUCAGUCAGCAGCAUGAAGUUCUCAAGAGAUGCUGAAUCUUCAGAGGAAGAUAUUUCAAAGGAUCACAUGGCUUUGACGCUGAAGAUGCUGAGGAAAGUACGUGACAAAAGAGACAAAAAAUCGACAGUUCAGAAACCCGUGAAGGGGCACAAGAAGAGGAGAAAGGAAGAGAAAACUGUAACUGAGGAACCUCCGUCUACUGUAAUAGAACGACCCAUUGUGAGAAAGGCUAAAGCUCAUGGACGGGGUGUCACUGGAGUGCCUGGCCACAAGAGGACCCCUGGACGUGGCACAUCAUGGCGAGAUGAUUUAUGUCGCCUUAUGGUCCUGAGGGUAUCUGAAUCCCAAACAAAACUGUCAGAAGCUUUAAACAAUGAACUAGUGGCUAUGGCUAAGGAGAUCUUGGCAGAUCGGUACCCCAGCUGGGAGCUCUUCCAGAAGAUAUGCCCCUUGCUGAAGAAAGAAAGCAAGGUUGUAUUUGAAGACUUUGACUGGGAUGUAGCCUGGCCAGAGGAGAAACCAAUUUUUAUUCACGAGGAGAUUAUUAGAGAGGACAUGGUGAUCAGAGACAUGGAAGAGGAGCAAAAGGAAGAGGAGCAAAAGGAAGAAAGUGACGUGCAGGACUUGGAGGAAACCCAAGUUGUUCCCAAAAAAGGCAAGAAAAAGAAACUUACCUUUUUAGAAUCAGGUGACCUAACCAAAGGAAAACGAAAAUCAAAGAAAGAAGAGAAAAAAUUGUCUAAGGUGUCAGCUAAACAACAGAGGAAAGCAGCUCAGGAAGAGAGGAAAGCAACUGAGGAAGAGGGGGAAGCAGCCCAGGGAGAGGGGGAAGCAGCUCAGGGAGAGGGGGAAGCAGCUCAGGAAGAGAGAAAAGAUGGUAAAAAGAGGAGGAAAAUAACCAAACAAGACAGGGAGAAGAGUGAGGAAGUGGGGGCAAUGGCCAGACCUCAAAGAGUAGUAUUUGAGGGAAAAGAAGAACCAGUUACACCUGAAAGAAAGCUGUCUUUGGACGAAUGGAAGGACUACUGGGAUCAAUGGAAAAAGGCCCAAAGUGUGAAGAAACCCUUGGAUAAAAGGAAGCAAGAUCAGGACAGGAGGCGUCCUCAGGAAGAGCAGCAACAGCAGGAGGAUGAGGAGGAACCAGUCCCAGAGGAGGAGGAAAUGCAGGAGGGGGCCGGCAAGAAGGUGAAAUGGGAAAAGUGGAGACAGGCCUGGGAAAAUAUGUUUUUAUCCAAGCACACGGAUGAAGAAAAAUUGAAGCUGGAGAAAGAACUGCUUCGUAAGUGGAAAGAAAUGUCUAAGGAAUGGGAAGAAGAAGAAGAGGAGGAGGAGAGAGAAGAGGGAGUGGAGAGAGAGGAGAGAGAGGAGGAAGAAGAGGAGGAGCAAGAAGAGGAGGAAGAGGGGUUGGAAGAAGAGGAGGAGGAAGAGGAGGAGGAGGAAGAAGAGGAGGAGAUCACAGAAGAGCAGAGACAAAUCCAGGAAGAACGAAAAUGGGCCAUGAUACAGAGCGAACAAGCCCGGGCUGCAAGAAAAUAUGCCAAAGAAGGGAGGAAACUAGCACAACAAGAAGAGAAACUCGCAAAAGAAGAGAGAAAACUGGCCCAAGAAGAGAGAAAACUGGCCCGAGAAUACGUGAAAAUGGUCCGUGGAGAUGGAAAAGUGGCCCAGAAAGAGAGGAAGUCUGCCCAGAAAGAGGAAAAAUUGGCCCAAAAACAGGAGAAGAUAAGCCAGGAAGCAGAGCGAUUGGCCCAGAAAAUGAGGAAAUUGGCAAAGAAACAGGAGACAGUGGCUCGCGAAGAAGAGAAGCUAGCAAAGAAAGGAGGUAAAGUGGCUGAGGCAAAAAUAAUAACAGCCCAGAAAAUGGAAACACUGGCUCAAAAGGAGCAAAAUCUGGCACAGCAAGAAAAGAAGUUGGCCCAGGAACUAGCACAACUGGAUUGGGACACGGAAGAAAUGGCUUGGAAAGAACAGGAGCUGGAUAAAGAAAAAAAGAAAGUGGCUGAGGAAAAGGAGAGACUGGCUCAGCAAGAGAAGACACUAGCCUGGCAAGAAGAGAAGCUGGCUAAGAAAGAGAAAAAAUUGAUCUUGGAAGAAGGGCUGCUAAUGCAGAAAGAGGAGAAAGUGGCCCAGGACAAGGCAAAAACCCCUCAGGAAGAGGCACAACUGGCCAAGAGAAGAGAACAGCUGAUUCAGAAUAAAGAGAAACUGGCCAGCGAAAGGGAAAAAAUGCUCCAGAACAAGAAAGAACUUGCACAGAGCAAGAAUAUAAUGGCUCAGAAGGAAGAGAAUCUGGCUUGGGAAAGACAGAAUCUGGCUUGGGAUAAGGAAAAAAUGGUUCCGAAUAAAGAGAGCCUCCUCCGUCUCAAAGAGAACCUCAGGAAGAGCAGAGAGCAGUUAUCUCAGGCCAAGAAGGAGCUGGACGUGUACACGCAGAAACUCGUUCAAAUAGAGGAGAAGCUAAAAGAUGAAAGGCAGAUAGUGGCCCAGAAGAAGGAGCAACUGGCUAACACAGAGAAAAAACUGGCUCAGAAAGAGGGCAAUCUGGCUAAAAAACAGGAGAAACUGGCCCAGGAAAAAAUGAAAUUAGCUGCGGGGAAAACAUCCAUAUUCCAAGGAAGGAAACUGCUCAAAGAAGAGUUGAAUAUCGCUAGGGAAGAAAAAGCAUUACACAAGGAGAUGGAGAAAGUGGCCCAGGAGAAGGCAAGACUGGCCAAGGAAAUGGAAAUUCUCUCCAAGGGAGGGAUUCAAAAGCCCUCAAGAGAGAGAAAACUGUCUGAGGGUGAAAUAAAUUUAAUUAAAAAUAGAUUGUUGCAAGAGGAGAAAAUACUGUCAUAUGAAGAUAGGAUAUUGGCCACUGAGAAGAAGGACAUUGCCAGGGGAAAACUGGAGCUUACUAGAGGACAGAGAAUGUAUGCCCAGGAAGAAAGGAAAUUAGCCAAAGCAGUAAGGAAGAUGUUUAAAGAGAAGAUGGUCAUUUCCGGGGAACCAACAAAAGCGAAAAAAGUCUUAAAGGCACUUCGAAAACUAAUUAGUGAUGAAAGAAAAAUAACCCAGGAAGAAUUAAAGAUGGCAAAGAUAAAGAGGUCACUAUUUGUUAAGGAGAACAGAUUGAGCAAGGAACGGGAUAGUCUUGAUACCAAAGAAUGGGAUUUUUCUAUGGACCAGUCAGACAUGACCAAAAAUGAGAAGAAACUGGCUCAGAAGCAGAGAAAACUGACCAAGGAAAUAAGAAGGAUAAUAAGCCAAGAGAAAAAAAUGGCUGAGGAGGAAAGCAGAUUGGCCAAGGAACAGAGAGAAGUCCUGCAGGAUGAAGAAGAAGGAUUAGAAGAAGAAAAAAAAGAAAAAGAGGAGGCCAUCCAAUCCCUUAAACAAAGGCGGAGAAAGAAAAAACAGCUACAUGGAGUUGAUACAAGAAAGGAAAAGCUUUCCACUGAACAGGACGAGCUAGGAAUUGAAGAAAGCUUUUCCAAGGAAGUGGAAAGGCUGUUAGAUUCAGUAGAGCAAGACAGUUCCUCUGAGGAGGAGAAGGAGGAGGGACAGUCAGAAGGGGAGGUAGAGGAGGAGGAGGAGGAAGAUAAAGAGGAGGAGGAGGAGGAGGAGGAGGAGGAGGAGGAGGAAGAGGAGGAAGAAGAGGGGCUGGUGGAAGAAGGGGAGGAGGAACAGGUGGUGGAGGAAGAAGGGAUGGAGGAAGAGAAGGAGGGGGAGGAGAAGGAAGCAUUUCGAAAGAAAGAGAAGAGGGAGUGGAAGAGAAAGAUGAUGAUGAAACAAAAGAAGAAGGCAGAACAGGAAGAGGAAGUAUUCAAGAUGGAAAAAGUGCCUGAGGAGGAAGAAGUGUCUGAGGAGGAAGAAGCGUCUGAGGAGGAAGAAGCGUCUGAGGAGGAAGAAGCAUCUGAGGAGGAAGAAAGCAUCAGUGAGGGUGUGACGGAAAGUUUAAGUGAGAUAGAAGAGGAGGAAGAGGAAAGAAGCUCAUUGGAGGAAGAGGUAAGCCCAGAGAAAGAGAUCUUAAAAAGGGAAAAACAAUUUAAGUUACAAGAAGAAAGAAGAAAGGCCCCUAGGGGACGGGAAAUAGUCCCUUCUAUUGGAAAAACAGUCCCUGAGAUCAAAGGCACUGCUAUAAAACUGGGAAUUCUGAAAAGCCCUUCCAAGAAACUGAUCUCAGCAGAUUUGGGGAUGGGAGGGAAGAUACCAGCACCACUACCUGUCAAACAAACAUUCUGGGACGAUAAGGGCAUAGUCCUCGAGACACCCAGGACAUUCUCAAGGAUUAGGUUUAUGGAUAAAGAAAGAGAACUGUUGGAGGAAUAUAAACCUGUACCUCUACAUGCUUUGGAUACAAUUUUGGAGUCCCAAGAUCAGGGCUUAAAGACUCCACUCAUUUCCCAAAUACUUAGGAAGACCAUGGAAGCUCAGAAACUCCAGCACAAACCACCAGGUCCCAGGCGGAAGUGGCUUUUGAGGCAUCGUCCAGCCCCGACAGAACAGACUAAAAAACAAUUCCCCUUUUCCCAAAUCCUGACUGAGGAACAGUUUCCAGAGGUGAGUCUCUCUGAUACAGAGUGGAUCUACCAUGUCCUCGAAAGGAUGGAAGCAGGAGAACAGCUUUCUAGGGAUAGUUUUCACAGAUUGUGUCAGCUCCUCAAAGACCUUACCUCAAAGGGAAACUUAGAGUGGCUGCAUCUGGCCAAGCUUGAAGCCAUUGUGUACCAUCACAUGCAGGCCCUGGAGUCACGAAGUCCGGGGAUCUCAAAACCCAGCAAGGGGUCCCUAAGUCCAAAACAUCUAAAGGUGAUUCCUCCUAUAAAAGGAAAGGACACGGAGAGUUGGCUGAAACCUUUGGAUGUCCUGACAUCAAAGUCUCCAUUAGCUACCAAGAGGAUAUUUGACCCAAAGGCUCUAAACUGGCAUCUUCUGGGAGAACCUUACAGAAGCGGGCGGGCACAGCAGUUAUCUGAUGCUGUUAAAGAGAUGGAUAUGCAAUACUUUUAUCCCACCACAGGAGACACUUUUCAAAGUCCCCAUACCUCUGUGGAAAAGCAAACUCUGGCCCUGAUGUUUCAAAAGGACUUAUGGGAUUUUAAGGACAAGGGCAAGUUUCCCAAAUUGCCUAAGUUGGAGAAGAAGACACACCCCAUCUCAAAAAAAAGGGAAGAGCUGCCUCCAUGGGAGACAUUUGUGGCACUGUACUAUGUCUUGCGGAUGCUGCAGCAGCGAUAUGCCAAAGACACGGCUGCCUGGAUGGAACAGUUCUAUCAGCUCAUGGACCUGUACCAACUUAAGUCUCCUCGCAUCCAGAGGCUGCUACAGGACCUGCUACUGAGGGAGGAACCUCAAUCCCAGGAGAUCACCUACAAAGAGGCACUAAACACCACGGAGCUAGUUCCUGGGGAGCGGUUAUUUUAUCACCUGUUUUGUGGUAGGUCUCAUAUCCCCAAAAAUCCUCCAGAGUUCCAGGAUGUGAUACCUCUCCCUGGACAGAACAACGUGCGUACCAUCCAUUCCAUGGGCAUUGCCCAUUACGGGAUCUUGGAACUUGCCUGGAAGAGCCUGCCCCAAGCUGAUAUUCAUCUAACCAAGGAAUUGCCCCACAUCAUUGCUCCCACUUCCUAAUUUCAGACUGACUAGAAAACAGGGUUUUUCAUUCCCAACUAGAGAAGGUAUUGGUCACCAGAACCUAGACCUUCAUCCGUAGGGCCCACACAGAGAUAGAGCCAGGUCAAAGCCCUUUCCCUAUUCUAUGGAAACCAGUUUCUAUGUGCAGAAUAAAGAGGAGGUUCUUGCUUGCAACAAGCACUUUCACGUGUCCCUUAUCUCCAAACUCUGGUUCUUCAGGAAGUAGCUGCAGAACCAGAUACUCAUAGAUUCCUGAGAGUGGAAAAACUUCCCAAAGCCAGUGCUGUUCACCCUGUGGAGACCUUGAGGCAGAAGAGUCUGCCCUUGCCUCUGAGAAGUCAUAUUCACCUCGAAGGCCAAGGGCAAUGAGAGCCCUGUCUCUGAAGUGUCACUCUUCCAUACCAGACUACAUGUCAACCACAUGGAGUACGUGAGAUCUGUAGGCUAGGAGUACAAAGCCUCAAAAAGGAUGAUUCCCCUGACAGCUGGGCAAGGCAGUUGGCUCUGAAGCCUUGACCUGAGCAACUUCUCCUUUUUAGCUUCUGUUUACUUGUCUGUGUGUGUGUAUAUAUAUAUAUAUAUAAAGAUAGUGCACAAAUUACAAAUAUCAGGCAUGAAAGAGAGGACAUCACUGUGGUUCCUACAGGCAUUUAAAAAGAUAAUACUACUAAGAAACUCUUAUGCCCAUAAAUUUGACAACAUGAGAUGAAAUAAGAGAUGAAAUAGAUAGACCCAGAAAGGGAAUAGCAGUUCCUCUCAGAUUCAUGCGGGACUCUAUUUCCAUAUUCCAAUUUUUGUCAGCUGACCAAAUGAUGUCUUUUAUUGUAUUGUUUCCCUUCGAUUGUAGGAGCCAGUCCAGGGUCAGGAUAUCGGUGUGUUCUCUUGUAAAAACAAAACCUAGUGGAUUAUUGUACUGCUGUGGUCCCAGAGACAGGAAGUCUAUGGAUGACUCUUCAGGGAUCCUCAGAACUUUGGUGCUUGCUCUGACAAUCCAGCUACACCCUUGUACAUGUCAGAAUGGUAGACAGCAGUUGCAUUUUCUCUUUAUUAUGAAAAAGUUCAAUCACAAAAAUAGAGAAGUGGAUUAUAAUAAGAAUUGAAAUCCCUUUCACCCAUUAUUUGUUAACACCUUGCCCAAAUCACUUCAUCUAUUUAUUUUGUUGAAGAAUUUUAAUAUAAAAGCCACACA